AUGGAUGCACCACGCUCAGUGGAUGAGACCGAGCUCAUUAUGCGCGAGCUGCUUGAUCGAACAGAUGGCUCACCGGCCCCGACAGCCGCCACACUCUGUCUCCCACGCCUAGUCAAUGCCGGUCUCCUCAUCGUGCUCGAGCGCGAAAGCAAGCGCAUCUCAGCCCAUCGCACCCUGGCUCGACAGGUCAUUGGCUGCAACCAGUCACAGGUGGACCCUUCCUUCAUGACGCUGGCCAUGAAGUACGACGAGGCGCGUCGUUUCACUGGCCCCUUUGAACAGCCUGCACACCAUUUGGCCGAGGGCGCCAACAAAGCCGGUGCCUGUCUCAUCUUCAAGUUUGGCACCCCUGAUGAAGCCCGAGCUGCCUUGACGCUCAUCGGCGAAGCCUUUCGACUUUUGCAACUUGCGCAAGGUGCUGAGCAUCCGUACGAGUACAACAUUUGCAUUGGUGUUGGCCUGCAAGAGGCCGAUCGCAACGGUUAUGUCUUUUGUCCCUGCAAUAAGGAAAUCUUUAAAGCCCGGGCACACCGCGAGCGGCGUCUACACUUUUCCAUCACCCAGACAUCGGAACAGCCCAUGGGCUUGGAGAGCAUUCGACGCGUGGGCAUCUCCAUGAUGACGCCAUGGUCAGGUUUUGAGACUGGGGAAGGCCACUACUGGCUCGACAUCGUCUCCACCGAAUGGCUGGGUAGCAAGGCCUUGACCCUCGUUGUGCAAUGGCCCCUUGACCUGAACUUUGACGCCGCCAAAAACGACGAAGUGGUCAUGCUCAAUGUUGUGCUCGACACCAACUUUGUGGGCUUGGCGCAGCCCCUCCGCCUCACCACCGGUCUCAAAAUUCGCGUCACCAAAGCAACUGAUCGCAUCUGGCUCCAAGGCAAGAAAGAAGCCCAAACGCAGGCCUUCUCGGUCAAACUCAACAUGAGCAAGCUCCCACGGCCCCCAUUUAUACCUGAUUAUCGCUGCAACAGCCUCUAUCGCAGCAACCUUACCGCUGCCAAGAGUGAGGAGGAUCUGAGCGCCGAUCCUGGGAACGGUGAGCAAAGUGACAAUGAAGCCGACGAUGAAGAUGGCACUGCUGAAGCAGAUCCGUCUGCAACCGACCUUGUGCUCGUGUCUGGCCGUGGCUCGGUGGACCAAAACAUGAACGACACCCAGCUGACUCGUUGGACCAGCGUCAUUGCCAAGUGGGACGCAUCUUCACGCAAAACGAUCAACGCACUGGCUCGCGGCGGCGUACCCGAUCGCCUCCGCCCCCAGGUCUGGCUCCGGUUGGCCGGGGUUGCUGAUUCAGACCUUGAGUUGAGCUAUCCGUUGCUGCUCAAGCAGGAAUCGCGGGCGCAUGAGGCCAUCAAGUGGGAUCUCGAUCGCACGUUCCCUGGACACGAACGCUUUCGUGACAAGGAGGGCGAAGGUCAAAAACAACUCUACCGAAUCAACUCGGCUUACUCCGUCUAUGACGAGGAAAUUGGUUACGUGCAAGGCCUCAGUUUCAUCACGGCCGUUUUAUUGCUUCACCUUCCCGAGGAAAGCGCUUUUGUGCUGUAUGUCAAGAUGAUGCAGGACUAUGGCCUGCGUGACCUUUACAUGACAGGGUUUGAGAACCUACAUCUCCGUCUGCACCAGCUGGAUCGUCUACUGCUGGAGGCGCUGCCGGACCUUUACGCCCAUAUGAAGGAGCUGCGUGUUGAGACCCACAUGUAUGCCAGCCAAUGGUUCUUGACACUUUUUGCUACAAAGUUUUCUCUGCCUCUGGUGUACCGCAUUUUCGACUUUUUCCUUGCGGAGGGAUUUCAGACCAUCUUCCAGAUCAGUUUGGCUUUGCUCAAGGCUUCUCGUAAAGAGCUCUUGGCCAGCACUUUUGAGGAGAUUAUGGCCUAUUUUCGCACAGAGCUCCCUCGCCGUUUUCAAAGCGAGGCCGAAGCGCGACGCUUGAUCUCCAUGGCCAAUGGUAUCAAGGUGGGUGCGCGCAAGUUGGCCAAAUUGGAGCAAGAGUAUCUUGAACAAAAGGCUGCGGAAGCCUUGGCACAAGAUCCCGUGCAGGUUUUGACAACCGAAAAUAAUCGGUUGCAAGAAGAAAAUGUGAAAUUGCAGCAAGAGCUUGAGGUGAUGAGCCAAAAACUAGUGGAAACACAAACACAAAUGCAAAUGAAGAUUGAGGCCUCAGAAGACGCCCUCAAUUCCCAGCUGAAAGAAUAUGAAAAUCUGAGCAAGGCAUCGCACGAGGCCAAGCGAAACAUUGAGCUUGACAGUCGCAAUCUGGAGGAGGAGGUGCGUUUGGUAAAAGAACUUUAUCGAACCACACUCGCCAAGACUGAUGAAGAGAAAAUGGCUUUACAAAAGAAACUGGAUGAGGUGCAAGCGCAGUUGCAGGUCAAGCAGCGGCAUCUCAACGAGGCUGAGGAGCGGGUGCAAACACUUGAGGCCCGCGUCGCGGCCCAUAGUGAUGAUGCAGACUCGGUUGAGCUUCAUGCUCGUAUCCAAGCCCUGGAGUUGCAGCUGGCAGAGGCCAAGCUACAAUCGGUUGAAAAGGACUGCGAGAUUGAGCGAUUGCAAAACGUGACGGGUGAGCGUCCGUCUUCCAAAGACACCAGUGCCUCAGGAGGUAGCGGAUCCAAAUUCCGUGCCCCACGCCUAUCUAUGUUUGGCGGAAAGAAGAACAAUGCCGCCUCUUCUUCAUAA